AUGUGCCACAUCAAUCAGAAUGCGAGCACCACUCAACAAAUCGUGCUCACUGCGAUGCGAACAAAGUUCUCCGCAAUUCCAAAGCCGUGGGUAAGGCUACAUGAAGGCAGGAGGGCAGAACCCCCCAAGGCCCGAAUUCGGUGUUCUCCUAGUACCAGCGGGGGCUUACAUGAUGUUGCUCAGCCUGCUUCACUGCCGCUUGCAAUCACCUGUCUUGCUUGGCCUACAACUUCCUGUUGUGGCUGUUCUUCACUGGACCCGAGCCGAGCAUCUCCAACGAUGUACUCUGAGAUGGAGGUGUCAUUUAGCACCGCAGACUGGAUUCUGUCGCUGGGUAUUGGUGUGGAAAUCCCCAGAAUGGGGGAGAAAGCUUUCGUAGAGAAUCUGGCCUACAAUGCAGAGCAAGGUGUCAUCAUCAGCUGGGGCCGCCAAGGGCAAAAUCCUCGCUCAGAAGCAGAGGUUCGUCAGAUUUUCAGCCUGCACGGAUUUAUACUCGAUGAACUCGUGACCUCGUACUUAAGACUUUUCUCUGGCCUUGCACAUGCACCUGAGCGGGAUGAUUUAUUGGUCCUCAGAAAGGCAACGAGAAGCGCUUCAGAGCGCGGUCUGGUGGCUUUGGAACUCAUCGAUGAGUGGGGGUUUGAUCGAUGUGCUGCUGCAGGGGUGGAAAUGCAACACGGCCUCCAGGGGAAGGCAUCGCAGUAUGGCCCGCUUGGACAUGGUCGCAUGUGGGUCAGUGGCAACUGUGUUGGCCGCUUCCGUGCAGGAAGGUCAGGGGAGAUGGUCUUGUGCAUCAGUCACAGCAAGAGGUUUCGAGAAUGCGACCUGCCCGGCUUGGAGCCGGGCUUUGAACAGCUUUCAGGCAAACCGACCACGGGCAUGGGCAGGCAUAAGUGGGCACAUGGCUUUGCAUGGCUUUUCAUGAUCACCAGGUACCAUCUGAAGGCAUUUGGAUUGGUGAUGCCAGCCUGA